AUGGGUUGCAGUCUAUUGUAUGUGCAGGUGCUCACCGAGAGCUUUGCCAACGAUCUGUGGUGGCCACGCUACAAUGCGACGGGCUACGAAGCUUUUCUCGUCGACGUGGCCAACGACGCGCUUCAGACACGGCCCAAUGGCUCUUUGGACCUUUUGCAAUUGACAAUCGACAAGCGCUACAGUGCGGCGGCUUCGAGUACGACCUUUCUUGCCACGUACGCACGCCGGCUCGCGCUCGUCGAGCUCACGACGCUAGAGUACGCAGUCACGAAUCUCCGAGCUCUGGGUGCGUUCUGGGCGCCCUACAUGAACGUACAGCACUGCUGGGUCGACUUUAACCGGACGUUCGAGCUUGCCCACACAACGAGGCGGCAGCGGCGCUGCAGUCGCAACUACCUGCGCAAUGCAGCCGUGCACGUCGAGGCCACGCUCCGGAACGUUGUUUGGGACGAAUUUAUCGCGACAUGGGGAGGACCCGGCGGGAUGUUUACGUUGGCCAUUCAGCUCGCGCUCGAAGAGACCCCGGCCGGGCGCCGCUGGCUGCAGACGACAGCAGCAGCCCGCGCUAGCACGUCCAUAAGCGCGGAAGUCGCCUACUGGUCGGCCCACAACUUCACGCGAUUUCAACUCAAUUGGCAAAACAACGUCCAAACGGGACUCUCCGAGUCGUUUUCGAUCACGAACGCACUUGGGAUGGACCAUGUCUUUAGCAUCAAAGCGCUGCACCACCAACCAGGACCGCAAACCUCCGUCAACCUCUACUGGGGUCCCAACAACGACUGGGACGUCGCCAAGCUCUACAACAUGAGCCUCGUGCGACACAGCGACAACUGGAUCGGCCCCACGGACUGGGAAGAGCUCGAUCAGCUCCUCAACGCAACAGGUGGACUCUCCGAGCCGCUGGCCACGUUCCACAACCGCGUCGGGCCGUACGUCUCGAUCGAUUUAUAUCUCGUGGGCGUUCCGCCGUCUGUCAUGGCUGUCUACUAUGCGUUUCAAGCGCUCCUGGCCAACGCCACAGUGCCUACCGCGUCUGUUCUCGUCACACCGACACCGCCGGCAUGGAAGACAACGCCGCUUGCCUACAUGGGCGGCAACCCCGCGUGCCUCUCACUGCCUCGGUUUACACCCUACGUGCAGCACCCGUUCAGCUACACCGACGACUGUUCUGGGAAUGCUCCGUUCACGAUCAACAUGACUACGUAUGGAAUGCUCUUUGCGCGUCUCUGGGAUCUUGCCAAUGCCAGUGCGAUCUGCGCCGUCACGGCCGACGCGCCGGUCUGUGCGAAGAUUCUCUUGGAGAGCAUUAUCGUAGCACCCAACAUCACACUGCCGCCACAUGUCUUGACCGCCGCAAGUAUCGAUAUGGUGCACACGAACGCGAGCCUCAUGCAAUUUGCGAUCGACAGCUCUGGGACGUGGCGACUUCUGCGUGAGCCAAUGAUAGCACCGGCCUCGGCCGCGUGGACCUUCUUUGGCUGGCUCCUCGUGCACGACUGGAUUCUCGGUAGGCGCGAAGUCGUCUCGUUCGAAGGCGACGUCUCGUCCAUCGUCUUGGUCUCGGACAUGUACGAGCCCCUCGUGUAUCCGACGAGCGGCGGUGAUCGGUACAUGGAGGGUGCGACGCACUACGUUGCCUACCUCAUCACGUCGUCCAUCUCGAGUCGCGUGCUUCUCGCCGUCGUGGUUGUUUGCGUGCGCUUUCUAUCCAAGGGCGCUGUCGACGGGAGCAGCCUCGUCUUCUUCAACCGCGUUGUCGGGUCCGUCUGGAGUGGUCGACCGCUCAUGUUCUUGCAGGGAAUGACCGCGCUUGUGAUGUUGAGCACGGCGCAGUUAUCUCUGGUCCAGAACUCUGUGGAUGGCGCCACCCAGCUGCAAUAUGCGCCGCGACCGCUUUGGAUCACUGCGAUCAUCGCGGGAGAAGCCACGUGGGUCUGCUACGUGCUGCAAGAGCUGCUGCUUGUCGCUGUGGGGGGCGCUGUCACGCGAGCCGCGAGUCCAUACGGUACCGCCUUUGUGUGGGCGACCUUUCUAGUGAUCGAUGGCAUGUACCCGGUCACCGCAGUCGGCAGCUUGAACCGGACGUGCAUCAGCUAUGAUAUGGACUAUCAGCUGGACUGCCACAGCGGCAACCUUCGCAUUGGUGACACUUAUCGCGUCAUACUUCUCUUGUCAAUCGCUGUUGGCGUCACACUAGUCAGCAUCGUCCUUGCGCGCCAUUGGCGCCAAACGCCGCGCGUUGCACCGGUCCCUUUUGCGCUCAUACCGCAGCUCCAUUUGCACUUGUGUGGCAUCUCGCAAGCUCUACUCACACUCCGAUUGGGGGAGACAAGUCACGAUGACAUUGCCUACUUCAUGUCGGGCAUUCUUACGUGGACGCUGCGGGAGCAGCGAUACCUCUUUGACAUCAAGACGUGGAUCUUUGUCGAUUUGGGGCGCAAGAGCUCAGCGCCCGAGCCGUGGGCCGGACCCGCUUUGGCGUCUCCAGCUCCACAAGCGGCAUCGAACGUGCAACGCAGUGUCGUGUCCCUUGCGGCCCUCGCGUACCUCGGAGCGACAAUCGCGGCGAGCAUCUCGUAUAUCCAAGUGUCGGCGGUAAAUCUUGCCAACGACUUUUGCUGGUCCCACUUCAAUAGCUCCGGCACCCAUGUCUUCUUGGCCUCGUGGAUAAAUACGCAGCUUGUGCUCAAUCGAACGCACCAAGGUCCGUUCCUCUUGACCUUGCCCAGCAUCAACCUCUUCAGUCCCUUCAACGCAAGCACAGCCACAGUGCCCGCCGUCCUGAAUUACGCGGCCAAGCUCCAGCACGGCGUCUUUGCCACUCGCCUCGAGGCCAUCGUUGCCGCGCUCUUCCUCGCGCGGCUGCGUCCGUCGCGCGACCAGUUCGUUUUGGCGGCGAGCCUCGCGCAGCUUUCACGUGCGACCAACGUCACGCAGAUUUGCGCGAUCGACGACUACAACCUCGAUGCGUGCACAGCCGCUGCCACCGUCGCCGCCGCUCGUGACGUGGUCGGAAACGUGUCGUUUGCGUUGUUUGCGCAACGUGACGACGUGGCACCCGUCGUCUUGACGACGCUGCCUCUCUUCAACGCGCCGGAGUUUGAGCUCUACGCGUGGCUCUUCCUCUCCGACUGGGUAUUUGGAAAUCGCGAAGUCGUCGCAUUCCAGGGUGACUACAGUGCGAUCACGGUGCUCCUCGAGUCCGAAAGCCCGCUGCAACAGCCUCCAAAUGCGUGGCAAGUCCUCUCCAACGUGGCACUCUACACCCGCGCGGGUGUCCUCUACAUCACGUGCGUGCUCCUCGGUGUUGCCGUUAUUGUGACCUGCUACAUCCUAACCAGCCGCGGCGCUUUUGAGUGGCUCAACAUGCUCGAGCUCAGUCGCGUCGGCGGUAUCGUCUGGGUCGGUCGACCACUUCUGCUGCUGCGCGCCACCACGGCCCUCUCGGUGCUCUCGACAGCGACGCUCCAGCUUCUCUACGAGAACGAGUCGAUAAGUGCGUUCCAGACAGAGCAGAAUCCUUGGUACACGACGAUCCUCGCGGCCAGCGAGGUCACGCCUACACGGCGCACUACGCGACCUUCAACAGCGUCGCCGUGUGGGCGACCGUCGCCCUUCUCUCGUUCGUUGCGCCCGUGA